AUGAACUCCAAUGUUGUUCACCCAGGCGUGAAGGAAUGCAGAGAAGCCCCGAAAAGCAUAAACUUCAAUGAUGAGUACCAUAGGGCACUAAGGACAAAACCCUAUGUUGAAUAUUUCUACAAUAAAGUUCAAUUACUUGCAAACCAGCCUUCCAUUAAUUACAACCAUAUCAAUUUUUCAGAUGUCCUCCUCGAACCUUGCCAAGAAACUAUAUCUUCCCUUGUUGAUUCAGUAAGUCUUUCAAAGACACCAAAACUCAAAAACCUUAUGCUUAGUUACUUUGAAAUUAGUGCAGAAGCUUCACACAUUUGCAGUCAACUUCUCAAAACCAUCAACCAAGUCCACUCUGAUUAUCAGUUCAUUCAAAGAGUUCUAGACAUUAAGGAUGACGACUCUUCUGAAAAUUUUGAAGUAGUCAUCUUUGAGCUAAACUCAUUCACCUACUCAAAGAACCCGCUUUCAAACCUUAAAAACCAUGACUUCAAGCUCAUCAAUGAUAAACACUCAUCAGUUUUGUGUCAUCUAAAGUCAAUGAGAAAAAGGGUGGGAAGGAAAAUUAAGCUUAUAAAGUAUUUGAUGAAGACAUCUUGGGUUUGUGUCACAACAGCUUGUGGCUUAGUGGCAAUCACAGCCAUGGUUAUAGCAACACAUACUCUGACAGCAGUAAUCUUGGGGCCAGCAAUUCUCAGCUUCCCAUUUAAGCAUCUUAAAAAGAAGCUUAGAGCCUAUAAACUUUCAAGAAAAGGGUCUCUUAGUAAAGUUUAUGACCAGCUUGACAUAGCAGCCAAGGGGACUUAUAUACUGAAUAGAGACUUUGACACAAUGAGUAGACUGGUAGCUCGGCUUCAUGAUGAAAUUGAGUAUAACAGGGCAAUGGUGCAAUUCUGUUUGGACAGGAAACAGGACAAAGUCUCUUUGCAGGUAGUGAAGGAGCUUAACAAAAGUGAUGUAGGGUUUAGGAAACAAGUGGAAGAACUUGAAGAACAUGUGUACCUGUGCCUCGUAAAAAUAAACCAGGCAAGGGCCUUAGUCAUUAAGGAAAUGAAAAGAUCAUGUCUUGAAGUGUUGGAAGGGAGUUUUGAUGGCCGGCAGAAGAAAGAUCUCAAACAAAUGGAGAUAACGUCUCAGGGUGAGAAUGAGAAGUUUUCUGUGACUUCUUCUGAGGACGACGAGUUGUUGCAAGUCUCUUCUUCAUCACGAAGCGGCAUUGGUUUAGGACUGUUGUGCGGUGUUAAUUCGGAAGGUGUCUUCAGCGUGUUAAGUUUGGAACAUUGCGUCACAGCCCCUGUUGAAACUGAAAGGAACCCACUUAUAGUUGACGAAGGGAUUAUGAUUUCUAGAUCAAUGACAGAAAAGAGAGGAUUUCGUAAGCGGGACACAAUAUUGGACAGGCUGUCCGAGCGGGCAAAGCAACUGAUUACUAACCUAGUGAAAAUACAAAAUGAUGGGACUGUUGAAGUUGAUCUCGAAAUGAGUGCAUUUGUUGCUCCAGAAUUGUUAGAGCUCCAAUCUUUUGAAGAGUCAACAGUGAGUGGAGGUCUUGGUUCAGAAUCAAAAAAAUCUGUUCCACGUUUACAAAUUGUCAUACUGGUCGUUGGAACAAGAGGCGACGAGUACGGUCAUCAUGUUAGGCUGGCAACUCAUGCUAAUUUCAAAACAUUUGUAAAGUCAGCUGGUGUAGAUUUCUAUCCUCUUGGUGGUGAUCCUCGUGUAUUGGCAGGAUACAUGGCUAGGAAUAAAGGUUUAAUCCCUUCUGGACCGGCUGAAAUAUCUGUGCAAAGAAAGCAGCUGAAGGCCAUCAUUGAUUCCCUUCCUCCAGCAUGCACAGCACCUGAUAUGGAAUCUGGUGUUCCUUUUAGAGCUCAAGCUAUUAUUGCCAAUCCUCCUGCUUAUGGACAUGUACAUGUUGCUGAAGCCCUUGGGGUGCCUCUCCAUAUCUUCUUCACAAUGCCAUGGACGCCAACAUAUGAGUUCCCCCACCCUUUGGUACGUGUUCCUCAAAGUGCUGGUUAUUGGCUGUCCUAUAUAAUUGUGGAUCUUCUGAUAUGGUGGGGAAUGCGGAAAAUUAUCAAUAACUUCAGGAAAACAACAUUGAAGCUUGCUCCUAUUGCAUACUUCAGUAUGUACCGUGGAUCAAUAUCUCAUUUACCGACAAGCUAUAUGUGGAGUCCUCAUGUUGUUCCAAAACCAAGUGACUGGGGCCCUUUAGUUGAUGUUGUUGGUUAUUGUUUCUUGAGCCUUGCAUCAAAGUAUCAACCUCAGGAAGAUUUUGUCCAAUGGAUUCAAAAAGGGCCACCUCCUUUAUAUUUUGGGUUCGGGAGCAUGCCUCUUGAAGAUCCGAAAGGAACAACUGAUGUUAUAUUGGAGGCACUAAAAGAUACAGAACAGCGAGGAAUUAUUGACCGGGGUUGGGGCAAUCUAGGGAAUUUGGCAGUACUUUCGGACGACAUUUUCCUUCUGGAGGAAUGCCCUCACGAUUGGCUGUUUCCUCAAUGUUCUGCUGUGGUGCAUCAUGGUGGAGCUGGAACGACGGCUACAGGAUUGAAAGCUGGGUGUCCAACAACCAUAGUUCCAUUCUUUGGAGACCAGUUCUUUUGGGGAGACAGAAUAUACCAGAAAGAAUUGGGGCCCAAUCCAAUCCCAAUAUCCCAGCUCAACGUUCAAAAUUUAGCAAAUGCCAUAAGAUUCAUGCUCCAGCCAGAGGUGAAAUCUCGAGCAUUGGAAAUUGCUAAGUUGAUUGAGAAUGAAGAUGGUGUUGCUGCUGCGGUUGAUGCAUUCCACCGACAUCUGCCCGAUGAGUUACCGCUGCCAAUUCCACCUCCGAUGGAGGAGGAUCACUUGAAUCCUUUCCAGUGGUUUUUUCUCCAAAUUGGAAGGUAG